AUGCCAGGACAUUCACAACGUCGUAAACAUACUUCAAACUUUCGAGCAGGAAGCAGCUCAUCAAGAAAUGGCAACAACAAGGCUUCAUCAUCGUCGGCAUCAUCAUCGGGACCAAACACGAUAGAUGCUGUGGUUGAGAAAAUCAUGAUGUGGAAAGAACAAUUUAUGUUUGAUGAUUGCAUCAAGUUAUUGAACAAGACGAUAAAACAAUACUCGUCAAGUCCGAGAGUGGUUGAUUUGCUUUUCUUGAUGGGGGAGGUGUAUUUACAGAAUGGAGAUUCUUUGAACGCAAAACAUUUCUUACAACAGGCUGUUCAAGUAAAUCCAAAGCAUUACCCAUCACUCAUGUAUUUGGGACAAGUUUCGGAAGCUAACGAAAGUGCUCAAUAUUUUUCUCAAGGACUCACAGUCAUGCAAGAAUCAUUGAAAUCUAAUUCAGGAAAUAUUGAGGAAAUUAAACAGUUGUAUGUGCAAGGUCUUUGCUCAGUAUGUGAAUUAUACAUGACAGAUUUAUGUUUUGAACCCAAUGCAGAACAGGAGUGUGAAAAAUGUGUAGGAAUGGCACAAGAAUUUUAUCAAAAUGUACCCAUUCAAAACUGGGAUGUUGGUUUGUUGCAAACCUUAGCUCAUUUAAGAAUGUGUCAAUGUAAACCAGAAGAAGGAAAGCAAUUCAUGCAAGUUGUUGCUCAAAAAGUGAUCGAUGAAGGAAACAGACUGAAAGAGUCAACAGAUUCCUCAUUCAACGAUUUGGUCAUGGGCUAUGAUUUUAAACUCUCGACGGCAAAGAAUCUCAUUGAAUUACAAAUGCACCAAGAGGCAAAAACAAUUUUGGAACAAUUGAAGGACCAAUUCGACCAAGUUGUUGACUUGUGGUACCUUCUGGGAAUUUGUUAUGAUUCGUUAGGACAAAGUGACGUUGCAAUCAAAUAUCUCGAAAAGGCCUUAAAAAUUGGAAAACAAAUUCAAGAAGAUGGCAUGUUUUUGAAAGAAGUGAAAGACGAAUUGAAUUUGGUCAAACAAAAAUUGUCACAAUCUGGCGUGCAAAAUCCUGGAAGUGAUUUGAUCGAUGAAGACGAUGAUGAGUGGGAAGAUGUUGUGGAAGAUUAUCUCGAAUCCAACAAUGAAGUUGUUGAUGACGAUGACGACGCCGAAAUGAAUGGAUAA